AGCUAACAGUGGAGCCCAGUCAUGUUUUAAUGGAUUAACAGCGUUUGCGGUGUAUGUUAUCUACUAUGAAUGCUGUUGGUGUUAGAUGUUGAGCAUCUAUGAUUUUUCAAAGUCAUAAUGAUUUUCUUGUUACAAAAGCUUAACUGGAGUAUUGUGCCAAUUUCUUUCAACAAAAUGGCAAAAUUCAGUGAUGAAAAAUAUGUAUUACCAAAAAUACGUAAAAUAUAUCUAUAUAACCGAAACUAUUAUCGAAUGUUAGAUGCGAAAAUAUUUUACAAAGAAAUAGUUACAAACAUCACCGUAUCUUACGAUUUAUAUGUCAAAGUUUAUUGAAAUUGAAGCAUAUCAAGCUUUACAAGAACUUUUAAGACAAAUAAUUGAGCUUUUACAGGAUUUUAAGUGUUUGGAGGUUAGGAUAUCACAGAGUACACUAAAGGUUUGUCUGUAAUUGCGAACCUUUCAAUUUUUUUUUUCGAGUAACCUUAUAAAAAAAAUGAGAUCCAACGAUUUUAUAUAACCCCACAACCUAACCUUAUUAAUAGGCUGUCGAAAUUAGAAACAAUUUUGGUCUAGGGAAAUAGAUAAGUGAAAAGGCUACUUAAUAGGAGGUUCAUCUUACUCAGAAGGAAUUCGACAAAAGAGCAACUUUAUCAAUCUGAAAAAGGUUUAUAAAUAUAGUAUAUCUGGGACGAAUUUUUUAUUGUAAGAAUUCUUUUUUUAAUUUUUCAACAUUUUUUCUUGUAAAAUCUUUGCGGUUUGCUUCACUUAAGGGUUAGACACAUCAUUUUACGGUUUCCAAAUUUUGUAGACUUUUUGUAAACUUCAGCGGUUACAGUCUUAACUUUUCCUAAACUCUUUUCUAAGACAAUGUGUUUGACAUAUAUACAUAUAUUACAAACAUACAUAUAUAGCUUAUAAAAAUGUCCAAAAGACAAUUUGACGUAAUUUUUAUACUUUAUAAAACAUAUCAGACUAAAUAAUCCCGAAUCCGCUGAAGCUAGUCCAGAGCUAGACUAUACUCAUUUCUCAUUGCAGCGCAACUCUUUGCUCAUAUUCAUCGUCUCUGGAACUAGUUAUUAUUGGAUGCUACUAGCGAUCUCUAAAGGGUUGGACCCGAGUGUUCAUUAAAAUAGACACGUUCAAUUGAUAGAAUAUAUUUUAGCUUUAUGAUCACUAGACUUUCUCUGUGUUGUAUCCGGAUCGGUGUAAUUACAUAAUAUAUUUGCCACUAAGCUUACAUAUAAUGCAUUCAUUUACAUAACCUUCAAGUGCAAUGCGCCAUAAAGAGGAAGUAUAAUUAAACUUUCUACGUCGCUAAUUAAAAUGCUAAGUCAUAAGCCGACUAGGCACGAUUCAAAUGCACAAAUCGGCUGGCUUAGAAUUGAAAAUUGACAAGAAUCGAAAGCAACCAAUUUCUGCAUUUCAUAGACUGGCAAUGCGAGAUUUAUGGCGAGCAACGAACACCGAGAACCAAACGCAGAGCGCAGCGCACAGAACGCACGGUUUGUUGCAUUUGUUGUUGUGUAUUUGUAAUCGCACUCUUCGCACCCCAACAAUGCCGACAGACAGUCCAACAGCCCAUUGAAAGACUGCCAAUGAUGAGGCUACUGCUGUUAUGCUGACUUGACUACCGCUGUUGCGCGCUUCGUUGCUGCUCUCUUCGGCUGCCUUAUUCACACUCAUUCGGCUGAUGGAUUACUACAAGCGCGCCGACAUGCUGCUCUUUAUGUUUUACUUUUGCUUUUUCUUGGUUUUUGUUUUUGUUUUUAAUUUUGUCAUUGCGAUUUUUUAACACUCGCAUAUCUGUUCGCCUGUGCUGUGUGUCUGCCACUUUCGGGGGUUCCGCUGUUGAUGCCUCCACUGCUGUUGUUGCUCUUGCCGCCCAGCCGACCACACCACGCCAUCGCACCACUCUUUGCUCUUUACCCGGUGUCGGCUCUGCUUUUGUUUAUACUUAUCUCUGCGCUUGGCGACUGCUUCGUCGACGAUGAAUUCGGUUUCUGUGUUGCUGGUGCUCUGCUAUGGUGCGGGUAUACGAGUAUGGACAACAGCAGCCAGUGAGCGAUGAAUGGUGAGCGGCGCGAAGCACGGUGCUGGUGGACAGCAACAGCAUAUGAUACACACAUAUACAAACCGGCACUCAGCCGAGUCACUGUGUGUAGAUUAGGUGAUGGUAUGCGCUGUUGUUGCUGGCAAUGCUUGCUAUUGCUCUUGGUUCGGCGCUGGUCGCUUUGUUGGUUGACUUUUGCUUGCUUUUGCUUUAAUUUUCUGUUGUUUCUACUAAUACUACUACAACAACGUGUACAACGACGACUACUGGUGCUGGUGCUGCUGCUGCUGCUGAGUGCUUGGGUUGGCCUGACUUGACUUGACUUGACUUGGCUUUAGCGCUGGUGUUGGCUGGCUCGUCGUCUGGUCUGCUGUCGGCGCAGACGGUCCGGUCUGCUCUGCUGGUCUCUGGUGUGGUCUGCUCUGCAGUUGCGUUCGCGUUUCGAAAAUAGUUACAAGAUGUUCAUCGAAGUGAAUAGAACGUCUGAACGGGUGGUGGACUAACUAACUAACCAGCCAGCUAGUCAGCCAAGCAAACAAACAGUAAGCUGUUGAGCCCGCGUGCACCGCCGCGCGCUGCCUUACAAUUGAAGUGUAGUGAAGUGAAAAACUCUCGGUUGUUGCUUUUAUUUUUCUUGUUUUUUUUUGUGUUGGUUUUGUCGUUCAUUCUUACUUUUACUAUGCGGUUCUGUGUUGAACCAAGUGUCUGCGCCUCUGUGUAAGUGUGUGCGUGCGUGUGUGUGAUGUGGUGUGUUGAGUGGGAUCUGCAUUUCAGAGUCACAGAGUCGUCUAUACUGUGCUGUCUGCUGGCCACACAUUUCAGUUCGGCAGCAACAUCCGCAGCAGCCGAACCAGCGAAUUUCAAAGUCGCCUCUUCAAUUCAACCCCCAACGCAAACGCAGAUGGUGCGCUAAUUUUCUGUGUUCGAAACGCCCCUAAGAACUAGUGAGCUCUAACGUACUUUUGGAAAAUUGAAAGUAAACAAUUAUAAAAAAAAAAUUAUAUAAAAUAAAUUUUGUCAAAAAAAUGUCAGAGAAAAUUUCAUGUGAAAUGCUCGCAAAGAAAGCGCUACAAUAAAAGUGAAAUGGAAAAGCACCAAAAUUAAAAUUAUUUUCUUUUAACAUUGCGGCGCAUAGUUGUGUGGAAGCAGUGUAAAAAAACAAACCAAAUAAAUGAAAUAAAAAAAAUUAAAAAAAAAAAAAACAAAUGCAAAUAGUAUAACUUAAUAGGCAACAUCAAAACGGCUUUAUCAAACAAAACAGCAUUAAAACCAAUUAAAAACUCAAGCAAGAACACAAAGCGACGGAAGUGAAAUGAACAAAAAAAAAUCAAACAAAAAAGUGUUGAAAAACGAGAAACAAAACAAAAAGUUAUGUACAAAACAGCAAAAGCAACAAAGUGAAAAUAUAUUGAAAAAAUAACUGCAUAUGAAAAGAUAAAAAAUUCUAGAAAAUAAAAGUGUGCAAAUUAGUGAAAACUAAAUGAACAAAAUGAGUUACAAAAACUAAAUACAAUAAGAACAAAAUGUUAAAAAGUUUAAAAAAAAAGGAUAUGAAAAAUUCAUAUGUUAAAGCAACAACUAUUUUACGGUGAAAAAGUUAAAUUUUUUGUAAACAAAGUAAAAACAAACGCAAAAUAAACUAAACGAAGUGCCAAAAGUGUGUGUCAAAACAAAAAAAAAAGCAUAAACAAUUCCAUUGCAAAUAUUUUCGGAAUUCCGUUUUUAUAAAUAUACAUAUAGAUAUUAUAAAUUUGUUCGCAUAGCACACUGACUUACAUACACAUUCGCGUAUAUUGGAAUUAUUACUUUAUUAUAACUGCAUUUAUAUACAUACAUACAUACAUUUUAUGGAUAUAGCCAUUCAAAUAACGGAUAUAGUGUUUUGUGAGACGAAAAAUUUAACGUGAACUUUGUUAUAUACAUAAAUAUAUAUUUUAUAUACAAACAGCCAAUUUUAUGAGAAGGUUCUAAACUAUUCAACUUAAUAAUAAGAUUAUACAAAUUUUGUAUUCUAAGAAAUUACACACACAAACAUGUUAAUUCAACAGGCAACUAUAUGAUGCAGACUAAGCUGCCUUUAAACAAGCGCCAAUAGUGUGUUGCAAAGCGCACAACGGAAGCUACUUAUAUUGCGUAUUGGCGCAUGCCCAAGGAUAGGCUUGGCUAGAAAAUCAAGUUAUGGAACUGCCCUCGAUGGUGCAACGCUCCGGCGACACGCUUAUUGUGCGUAGUGUCGUCAGCGGCAAUCAAUUGUACUUGGAUCAGGGUGCCGCUUCCACAAAUAAUCUAAACAACAACAAACAUAGUAGUCCUUCACUACUGCAGCAACAACAGCAACAGUCGAUUAACGCCACCAACUUAUCAAAUAGCACAUUGGAACAAUUCGAACGUUAUCGUGCUGCAGCGGCGCAAUAUCAUCUACAACAGCAACAACACCAAAAUGCCACACAACAGCAACAAAAUGCUGCGGCUGCUACGGCGGUAGCCCAACAACAAGCGAUGGAACUGAAGGAUGAGGGGCUGCCACAAUGUAAAAUCAAGCGAAAUUACAGCUGUAGUUACUGCACAUAUUUCACACAGAAUCCGCGUUAUCACCUAACCCAUCUGCGCGAUGUGCAUGGUGAAAAGAUUGUCAUCAAUAAGUGCAAGUUGUGUUUGUAUGCGUCGCGACAUUUCCAAAAAUUGGUGCGACACAUGAAAAUGGUGCACGGUUGCACCGAUGGUGUGACCGGUGGGCAUGGACAGCCGCGUGGCAAACGCGGUAUGAGUCGGGAGGCACGCAAACGAAAGCUAGAGCAAAGUGUGGGACUGGGAAGUGCGCCAUUGGAAAUCAACAGCGGCGGUAGUAAUAUGGGAAUGAAUGAGGGCAUGCCGACUUAUGAGCAGGUGAAACGCGAACUGGAGCUGCAACGCGAAUCUCUCAUGGCCGUUGUCUAUGAACGGGAAUUGCAAGCACAACGUGAACGUGAGCUUGAAGUCCGUCAGCAAACACAAAACGCCUACGAACAAGAAAUACAAGCAGCAACCGCUGUUGCAGCAACGGAUACACAACGCCGUCAAUCGCCACUAAAUACAAUAAACAAUAAUAGUAACAAUGCCAACGCUAUUACAAAUGGCAGUAGCAACAGCGUCAUUAAUAACCAAAACGAAUUUCAAUUGCCACCCGCGCAUCAGCAACCGCUUAAUAUCAAUACACACAGCAUCGAGUUGUCUUCAUCGCCCACCGAUUCGGUUUCAUCGGGACAAGGUACUGAUGCUGCCACCUCAGCAGCAUUACACUCCAGUGGCGUUUCAUUGUCAUAUGUGGGCGAUGAACCCUCACAGAAUAGGCUCUUAAAGUGCAGCCUCUGCGAUUUCACAACCUUAUUCCGCGCUCAAUUGUUGGACCAUGAAAUGGAUGAGCAUUGUAAAACGAAAUUCUUCCGCUGUGAGAAAUGUUCGUAUGUAACACAUAUAAAGGCUCGCUUUAGCAAACAUGUUAAAUAUCACUCAAUGCCUAUGAUUAAGUGCGUCACUUGCGAUUUUCGCACACCCUACAAAUGGAAUCUCGAUCGACAUAUGAAAAAUCAUGGUGGCGCUGGUCCUUUCAAGUGUGCCGCCUGCGAUUUCACCGCCGAUAUCAAGCAAUCGCUGACUGUGCACGAAAUGAACCAUCAUGUGCCACCAGUGGGACAUGCAGCGGGCAUGUCGUUGGCGCGACGACGCAACAAAGUCGGUGGUACGGACUUAUGCGAUGACUUCCUUAGCGAUUCUGUAGAUUUAAUAGAAGAUCAUUACAAUAACAAUAAUCUCGACGAAUAUGAUGAAGCUUUAAUGACUGUGGAACCAUACAGUAAACGUAGUAAAUAUGAUGAUGACGAACCCACCGACUUGUCGGCGAAAGGUGGCUCCUCCGAUACAUCUUCCGUGCAUAAUCAAAGUGUGAGUUUAACGCAAACGCCAAAAGCGAAACGGCCCAUACCGAAUCUCAUUCCGAUACCGAAAAAUACCGGUUCAAGCAUUAUGAACCUUUCCAAAGAGUUUGCCACACCACGCAGCUCACUUACUGAUAUCGCUUCCAUUUUCCUCAAUGACAAGCAUAUUUCCGAAAUACUUGAGAAGACGGAUGCCGCCCAAUUGUCACCUACCCCCACCGUCGCGUCCACUUCAAGUCACGCCUCACGUAGUUUAUUGCUGAAGAAGUCCACUCCUGGAGGCAGCUUUUUCGACAAACUAAAGUCCUCUGCCUUGACUGGACCAAAUGAAAAUCUUAUAUGCCCUUGUGGUCAUAUGGCAAAAUGCUUGUCCGAAUCGAUAAUACAUCGUAAAACUUGCAAUUUCGCCGCAAUCGCCGAAGAUGACAUCGAAGAGGAGCAAGAUGAUGCUGAUGAUCGUUUGGAAAUCGAUUUUGCCGAUGACGAUGAUCGACAGUCACAUUCGGCACUAAAUUUGAGCGUUAGCGGUUCGACACGAUGUAAGCAUUGUCGCCACCGUUGCAAGUCAUCGACAGAUCUAUUGAAUCAUCUUAAGCAAUGCACAGAAGCUAGUCGUUGCGGUAAUGAUUCGUUUGAUUCGCUCUCUGGUGAGAGCAACGGUGGGCGUGUUGGUUGCGCUGAUUCCAAUGCUGAACAGCAUCCCAUGGAGAAUCGUGUAUUUAUUUGGAAUAAAAUUCCGGGCGGUGAGCCGCGACAACGUGAAGGUAGCCAGUGCUCAGAUAGUCGCGGACAGGCUAACAAUACAAUGGAGUCUUCCGGCAGCAGCGGGCACGGCGCCAGUAGUGCCACAUGUGAGGAAAACAGUUAUUAUGGUGUUGAAACGGCGCCAGGUUAUGGGGAGGUAACGAAAAAGAUGACACCCGAAGAAGAAGCAGCUAAUUCUUCAUUAAAAAAGGUAUACAAAUGUCCACACUGUUCCUUUUGGGCGUCCACAGCUUCCCGCUUUCAUGUACACAUCGUGGGUCAUUUGAAUAAGAAACCGUUUGAAUGUUCGCUCUGCUCGUACCGUUCCAAUUGGCGUUGGGAUAUAACAAAGCACAUACGCCUAAAGACCAUACGCGAUCCGAGUCACAAGAAUGCACGUGUCUUGAUGAAUGAUGAGACCGGUCGUCGCAACUAUACCAAAUACAAUAAAUAUAUAACAUUGAUGAAAGUAACUGAAGAAGAUGGUGAUCCAAAAUUAAUGAAAUCUGGCGAGAUGACGCCUAAUCAGGUCGCUUCGCUUUCCUUCAUCAAUGACUUUAACAAAGGUGUGGUGUCGAAUGCAUUGACAUCCACACAUUUGAAUGGCAUAAAGGAGGACAUAACCCUCGAACCGAUACCAUCCAAAUCAAGCAAUGGCGGUAGUGGCAAUAAUAGUGGUGAUCAAAUAAACGAGAGUUUCAUACGUAUACCUUUCCUCGCUACGAUGAUGAAUGCUGCUAUGGCGCAACAACAGCAUCAGCAGCAGAAGGAUCCGGAUCAAGGUCAAGCAACCAUGAUUACACCUUCAGUUACGAUUUCCGCUGUGAAACGUUCGCCACCGCCGCUCAUGAAGCCAAGUGAUGAUCUCGUCACGGACGUACGACAGGAGGGGAAUGAGAAGAAAACUUUCUAUCGUUGUCGUAAAUGCAGUUUUCGACAUACCAAUCGCGAUGCGGUACUCGCCCACGUCAAAAUACAUUAUCAGGAUGCCAAUUACCCGAUUGUAACAGCAACAGCAACAACUUCGCCCAAAUCGGCGAAUUCGCAACAACAACACAACACACCCCUUCAAGUGACUGUGAAUCCAAAUAUUUAUAUGAACAAAGUUCUCGCCGCAAUGUGCCUUUCGCAACAACCGAAUUCGAGUACACCAACCAACAACAACAAUAAUGAUCAACAGCAUUCCAUAAUAUCUGCCGGUCUACUACAACAAGCUAUACAGGGUGCCUCACCAAAUUCACCACUCGGCUGUUUAGCAUUAACGCUCGCCGGCAAGAGUCCAGCAAAAGCAACUGCUUCUAUUUUAGAGCACGGUGAGCAGAAAGCGACACAAAACGAGGCAAGUGCCCCAAGGCCUACGUCGCCCAAACAACAACAACAACAACACAACAACAAUCAAAAUAAUAUAAGCUUAGCCAAUUUGGCGACAUCAUCAGCGACCACGCCUUCUCCCCACUCCUCUGGCGGCAGUAAUGCGAACGGUGGUGUUGGUAUGGUCGGUACGCCCACAUCAGCAUCAUCGUUGCAACACUUGUUGACCUCACCGCGCGGCACUUACACAUCAUCAUCCAAUUCAUCAUUACGCAAUACCGUGCAUUCGCCUACAACAAUCAGCAACAACAACAACAAUGGUGGUAGUGUUGGUGGUGUUACUAAUAACAAUAAUAACAAUAAAAAUUUGGUUAUGGGUGCUUUAACAGUUCUGAAACACAACAGCGCAGCAACGAAUACAAAUGACAGUGUCUUUGGUUCACCAACGAGCAUCGGAAACGCAGCACCCGAUGCAAAUGCUACAUCAUCAGCCGUACUAGCAUCACCAAAUGCUGUUGCAGCACAACACAAUACACCGAGUGGCACAACAGUAACUACACUUUCAACUACUCCUUCCAAUUCUACAGCAGCUAUUGGUGUGAAAAGCGCUAGCAACAAUCCAUAUCAUUUGCAAAUGGGUCUCAUCGGUGCUACAUCUAUGUCCAACAAUCAUAAUGGUGGUAGUGGUAGUGUUGUUGGUGGUGGUGGUGGUAACGGUGUCGGUGUCAUUACUAGUCAAAUGACUCAUAGUGAUAAUAAGAAUAGUCUAUGUAUUGGUGGUAUUAUAUUUGGUUCUAAUAAUUCUACUACUACUACUACUACUUCUACUAGUUUAAUUCGCAAUACUUCCAUACCUACUACUACAAAUGCAACAACAACAUUAGCUAGCAGUGCCACAACUGCUGGCCAUACUAGUGGUGGUGCAUCAUCAUCUUCAUGUAAUUUGUUAUUAAGUUCAGCUCAGUCGGCAACAGCGGCGGCGGCGGCGGCAGCAGCGGCAGCAGCUCUUUAUGCUUCCAAUGCGAUCACAUUGUCACCGCCAACGGCAUCGUCGUGUAUUUCGGCAAAUGCAACAGCAAACAAUUUCAAUAAUCUCACACAAAAUCUCAAUCAAAGUCAAAAUAACAAUUGUAGUAAUUUAUUAGUAAACGACAGCGAGCGACGUGAACCGUCGCCGUAUCGUUGCGGUCAUUGUCAUCAAGUAUCGAAUUGGAAGCAUGUCAUUCAGCGGCAUUGUCGCUUGAAACACGCUGGCGACAUACGCAUCGAAACCCUUGAUCGCAGCGUCAACAGCAACGAGCGUAAUGCGCCAGCCGUCUAUCGACCGCUCGGCAGUGGCGCCACCAAUGAGUCCAAUUAUGGGCAAACACUCAAAGCUUUACAACAACAACAACAGCACCUACAGCAGCAACACCAACAGCAACAAUCACCACAUCUAAACAACAUGUCCGGUCCGCCGGGCAACUCUGUACUUAUGAGCAACCAUAAAAACGAACAACACCUAUUGCAUUCACCAUUGGCCGGCACCGCUGCCGCCAAUGCCGCGACCACACCACAAGAAUUGCAACAAGCUGCCGCUGCUUACAUAGCCGCCACAUAUAAGGCUGCAGCAGCAGCGGCCAAUUCAGCUGGCAAUGGUUCGGCGGCAGCAGCCGUUGCCGCAGCAGCUGCGCUUGGUCUCAGCAGCGAGGAUUUGAUGUUGCAUCAACAAUUGCAGCAAAAUGAUCAAAUUGAAAUAACGCGCUUGCCGCCAGGUGUUGGCAACCCAGCUGCCGGACAGUCGUCGCAAUCGCAGCUACAACAGCCGCAACAACAACAACAGCAAUUGAAUUCCAAAUGCAAGCAGCAAAAAUGUCCAAUGUGUCCGUACAUCUCGGAGAGUAAGUCGCAAAUGAAUUAUCACAUCUCGCUGCACAAGCCGACGCAGUACGAGUGUUCGUUGUGCACCUUCGUCUGCGCUAAGAAACAGCACUUGAGCAGCCACAUGCGUACCGUACAUCAACAACACAAUUUGGGCGCAUCCAAUCAAAUGAGCAACAGCAUAAGCGCCGCCAUCAAUUCCAUGGACUUCAGCAUGGCCCUGCAAUUGGCUGCCGUCGCGCAGGCGCAACAGGACCCCUCGUCAUUAAACUCGUCUCUAGCUAUAGAUCUUACCGCUUUGAAGCAGAAAAUUUCUGCUGUUCAACAGCAACAACAACAACAGCAACGCCAAUCACAGCAAGCAGCUGCACUAAACACUCAACAACAACACUUGCACCUAAAUGCACAACCUGCCGCUGAAAACCAAAUUAAGUGCAUACUUUAUUGCCCCAAAUGUCCUGCGCGCUACAUGCAAAAAUACACUGACACCUCGACUGCCAAAGCGGAAUUGGAGGAGCACCUGAAGUACCACAGCGGCAGCGAUACGAUGACACGAAUGGGCAACAGCAAGCAAACCGCCGCACCCGCCUUCAAAUGUGAAUUCUGCGAUUAUGCCGCCGCACACGAAGCUUAUAUACAGAAGCACCGUUAUGUGCACACACAAAACUAUCAGGACAAGUGUGCCGAACUGUAUAAGCACGUGCACGAGGAUGCCGAUUAUGCGCCACCAAAACUUAUGCAAAUCACUCUAGCCAAAAGCUUACAACAAGCGCCCGAAACUAUCUGGAUUGUCGACAAUGACUUGAAUGAGCAUUGCAAGGAACAGCAACAACAACAUGCCAGCAUAUCCUCCUCAUCCGUCAUGCCGACCACAAUGAGCACAUUAGCUUCGGCCACAAUGCCAGCGACAGCACACUUCGAUACCGCCAAUUCGCUGCUAAAGAAACAGUUGGAGUCCGGUAUGGGCGGUAGCAGCGGUGUUGGUGGUAGUGCCGCAUUGCGCCACUCACCUUCGCCAACGCACACGCCAAAAGAGCUGAACGCCGCCGAUGCGGAUGAUUCAUCGAAUAUGCCAUCGACCAGCGCCUCGGUGGCCACCAGCGAUUUGGCAGUGGAUGGCGGCAGCGAUUUCACCUCGAGCAUUGCAUCGCCAGCGCCAAUGGAGAAGUGCCUCUACUGUCCCUACGAGACGAAGCAUACCACGCUCUACAAGACGCACCUGCAACAUCAUAUCUGCAUUAGCAAUCAGAAGGAGACUUUCACCUGCGAACAUUGCGACUACACGGACGCCAAGCAGGAGCACAUCGAAGAGCACACACGCGUGCACUUCAAUGCAGUGGAAAAACUGAAAUCUGUAGCCUUUUUCACCUCCUAUGAUAACUUGGAAUUGAGUGUGGAGCAAGAGGGCGACGCAGAUGAGAGUGUGACAGCGCCCAUGACAUCAGCCGAGCAAGAAUUAGAGUGUCAGAAUGAGCGGCAAGCAGAAAACUCGAAGUCGGCGAACGGCUGCUGCGAAGCGCAGGAUACCAUACAAAAUGGAAACGCUGUCGCUGAUGUUUCGGCAAUGCUGCUGUUAAAUAUCAAACAAGAGCACAACAACAACAAUGAAGAGCAUGUCAUCAAUGAAAAUGUGCUGAAGGAGCAGCAAUUGUCGGCGGCAAGUGCGCCGAAGGGUGGCAGCAGCAGCAGCAGCGGUAGCGCUAUUCAAAUAAAGCUAGACAGCGAUGACAGAGCAACCGAAGCAACAACAACAACAACAGCAACAGUAGCGGAAAACAUGAAAAAGCCUUGCAACAAAAUUAUACUCUACAAAAAUGAUGGCUGCUUGAGCAUAAAGCGCGAAGGUAACUGCAAUAGCAGCAGCAACAGCAACAACAAUGCCAGCAGCAAUUGUGAGAAUAUCAGUGAUCGAUUGCGUCGUCGCAUAUCGCGCAACAACAGCAACAAUGCCAAUCACUUAAAUGGUAAUACGAAUAAUAAUAACAACAACAAUAUUAAUGAUGAACAAACCGUUGCUGCUGCUGGCUGUGGCAGCGGCGCACAGCCGCCAAGCCAUAAAACCAUAUUAGUAAAUGCCAAAACCGGUCAGGUUAUUAGUCGGAAUUAAUACUUAUGUAGUUACGUGUGCAUGUAGUUCGAUGCUGGCUGCAGCAGCAGCAUGUAGUGGUGUGUGGCGUUUGUUGAAUGGAAUAAGCAAAAGUGAAUUGCUCUUGGAUUCCGUCGCAUUUUGAGUGGCAACAAAGCUUCUGAAUAAUUGAAUAAUGAAAAUUGGAAUCUGCAAGCACUAGCCGUGGUGUAUAUGAAAGUAAUUUGCUUAUUAUUAAUUAUGUAUAAUUCUCGUUGCGAUUUUCUUAACCAUUGGCGGUUAUUCGUUUAACUUCUCACGAAGUAAAUAAUUUGUGUGUUUUCGGUUUGUGUUGUUAUCGUACCUAUUUGAAUUUGCUUAACAUUUUUUUUUAAGAAAACCAAAUAAGUGUUAAUUACAAACAGCAAAAAAUGUUAUUUCAUAGUUAAUUAGUUGUAAGUGCGUUUUAAUUAAAUUUUGUUGAAUCUACCUUACCGCAAGUCGCUGUCUUCCAAAGCGCUUUAAGUUCUUUUAUAUUAAUUUCUGCAAAAUAAUUUUUGUUGUUUUUUUUUUUUUUUGGUUUUCUAAUUUAUGACACAUAAUACAUAUAAUAAUUAUAAAUAUUUUCUAGUUAUUAGUUUUUUAACAAAAAUUAAUCAAAUCAAUGUAAAAUGCACACUACAUAUGCUAAUGGGUUUCGGAAACACCAACACUUACAAACGCACACACUAGCGCAUUUUUUUUUUUGUGUCAAUAUAAAACUAAUUAUUUGUUGCAAAUAAAAAUAUCUAUAUAAUGUUGCUAAAGCAUUUGUCUUUAUUAAUGUAUUUCAUGCUUAAUUAUUUUUAUUAAAUAAAUUGUAUUUAAUUAAUAAUAAUAUAUGGUAUAUUUAAGUUUGUUGCGUAAUUAAACAAUAAUUUCGUUUGAAUUAAAGCAAAAUAUAUUUUUUAAAAUUAAUAAUAGGCGUAUAAUUUAAUGAAGAUGUCUGCGCCUGUUAAAUGUAGAUUUGUUUGCGUUAAAAAAAGUUAAAUUACAAUAAUUAAUAUAGCACUUAUAGGUUUAUACUUCACAGAAAAAAUAUGAAAAAAGUUAAUGAUAUAUAAUGAAAAUUAUUUCUAAAAAUUUAAUAAAAAAAAUUAAUUUGAAAAUAAUUUUGACAAACUAAACAAAGAAAUGAUUUUUAAAAAAAUUUUGAUAAAAUAAAAAAAAUUAUUUAAAAAUUUUUUUUUGGAAUUAUUUUGAAAGUAAUUUUAAUAUAAAAAAACUGUUUUGUUAUUUUUUUUCAAAAAUCAUUUUUUUAUAUAUAUUUUUUUAAACAAUUUCUUAUUAUUUUUAAAAAUAACUUUUUUUUUAAACAAUUUCUUAUAAUUUUUAAAAGUAAUUUUUUUUCAAAAAUCAUUUUUAUGUGUAUAUUUUUUUUUCAAAAAUCGUUUUCUUUUUAUAUAUUUUUUCAAAAUUGUUUAAACUUUCUUAUUGUAUAAUCAUAUAUAUAAUUUAUUUUUUUUUUCAAAAAACAUUUUUUUAUAUAUAUUUUUUUAAACAAUUUCUUAUUUUUAAAAAUAACUUUUUUUUAAACAAUUUCUUAUAAUUUUUAAAAUAAAUUUUUUUUUCAAAAAUCAUUUUUAUAUGUAUAUUUUUUUUUCAAAAAUCGGUUUCUUUUUAUAAAUUAUACUUAUUUCAAAAAUAAUUUUUUAUAUAUAUUUUUUUUUUAUUUUUUUUUCAUUUGUGUAUUUGUCUUUGCAACUGAAACAAAAAUUAUAAAGAAUUAAAUAUAAUUAUAAACGGUAUAAAUUGGCUGUUUCAUAAAGUCAAAACGAAAACUGCUAACGGUUUGUUUGCGCUUUUCAAAUAGUUAUAAAAUAAACUGUGAUUUUCAAAAUUGAAUUGGAGAAUGUUAACUGCAAAAAUUACAUACACAUACAUAUGUAUGAUGUAAAAUAUGAUUAAAAUAAUAUUUAGUUGCGCAGUGCAAGCAGCUGACGCUAAAUAAAUCCAAGCAGCAUGCGCAAAAGUAAGAUGUUAUAAAUUUAAAUUAAAUAUAGAAAACGCGUGCUUAUUAUUAAAUAACAUUAAUUGUUAAUUAUUACACACAUUAUCAUUAUGAAUACCUAUUUUUAAAAUUAUGAAUAAUUUAAUAUUAAUUUGUAUUGUUGAAAUUAUUAUUGUUAACUGUAAGUAAUAUGAUGAUAAUAAUUUAUAAUUUUACUUUUUUUUAUUUAUUAUUUUUUUGUUUUUUUUUUUUUACUUUUUUAUAUUAAUUUUAAUUUAUUAAUUUUUAUUUUACUAUUUUUUUUUAUUCCUUUUUUAUAUAUUUUUUUAUUUAUUUAUUAUUUAAUUUAUUUUAUUAUGAAAUUUGUCAUAAUUAAUUUAAUUACUAAACUUAUUAUGUUAGUUAAUGUUAUAUAAUUCACCACUUGCAACUAAAAAUUACUUGCAACAAGCCGAUCUUUAUACAUAUUAGUUUACUAUAAGCUUACACACAUACACACACAUAAAUACACAUGUAUGUAUAUAUAUGUAUAUAUGUACAAUAUAUUUAAUGUACAGUGCAUUUGCAAUUAGCGAAUGACAUCAAAAUGGAAAAUGAGUAGUUAUAUAGUCAUUUAUUUCUAAAUAAUUAGCAAGUAACAUACUUUCAAUGGCAAACGUGUCAUAAAUGAGAGAUAAUAGCAUUAGUUAAUUUACAGAAAUUAUGAAAAUGCACAUUGCACCAUUUUAUUAAAGUAAAAAAUUAAAUAUGAAAUCGGAAAAGCUAAAGAUAGUAUGUUUUACAAAACCGCGCGGGCAACAACAAAAA